AUGACACCAAUUGAAUUACAAAUUAGUAGAGAUAUAACAUUGAUUCGUGACAAUUUAUCAAUAGUAGCUAUGAAUAUGAAAAAUUGUCAGACAAUAAUUCAUGAAAAGAAAAUAUCACAAGAUUUACUAAGAAUAGAUAUUAAUGAUCGUCUUCAAAUUAUUAAAAAUGAAUAUUUAGAACAGAAAAUAAACGAAAAAAAUCUACAAUCGAUAAAAAUGGCUUUGAACAAAUUUGUUGCAUUUGAUCAACAACAAAUAGAAUUUAUUAAUAAAUUAGAAGAUAUUUAUAAUAUGUUAAAUAAAGAGUCAAAUAAAAUUCAAAAGAAUUUAUUAAAUAUUACAACUGCUCGUUAUCAUUCUAAUCAUGCAAAUUUUUCAUUAAAUGCUAAAUUAAAAUAUCUUCCAGUUGAUAAUACAGAAAAUUUAAUAGAACAACCUUUAUGUCUUGUUGAUGAACUUAAUCUUAUUAGAUUACCAUUUGAAUCAGAUCAUUUUCAUAUUUCAAAUGAUAAACGUGAAUUAAUAAUUGUUGAUAAAAAUGAAAUACCAUUAUCUGAACCAAUCAUUUUUAAACAAUUAACAUUGGAAUCGAUUGAAUUUGAAUAUAUUGGUGAUUAUCGAAGAUCUAUUCAAAUUAUUGAAAUAUCAUCACAUCAUUCAAUAAAUAAAUCUAUUAGUCUUAAUGUAAAAUUGAUUUCCUUUGAUAAAUUACCAUCAAGUAAGUCCUCAUUCUAAGCAGAUAUUAUAGAAAAUCAUUUUUGUUCUACAAAACUAUCGUUUUCAUGCUUCUUGUUGCACAAAAAUUCAGAAGAUUCAUAAUCACUCAGCCGUCCAACUGUAACCCGUGAAAGACUGUUAAUUAAUGAUAGAUCUAUUGAGAAUUAAAAUAUGUAAUAAAAUUUAGCAUCUUUUAAUGCAUUUUUCACAAUGUUUGAAGUAAAACUUCUAACUGUUCAAUGAAUAAAUUACAUCAGUUUAUUUGAAAUUGAAUUCUGUAUAUAACGAGAUCACAAUAAACUUUUCCGAGAGAAAAUCUAAAUUUUGCAAACACUAAUUACCACUAACCACCCAUAAAUACUUCCGGACAAUAUGAGCAACAGGCUGUUAUUCAUGACACUUUUUUGAAAAUCU